CAGCUGUCUGAGCAUUACUAUUGUAAUUUAUAUAAUGCCACCGCAAAGUGAAAAUGUUGAAACAAAACAGUCGAAUUCUAAUGAAAAGUUAACAGACACAUGGGCUAUACGCUCAUGCCACUUGUACAAAGAUGAGUACGACGACUGCACUAGCUUCAAGGCGCGUUUCAACCAAUAUUUUAUUUUCGGCAAGAGCAUAGAUUGCUCCAGCUGGCUGACGGACUUUAGAAACUGUGAACGCUAUGAGCAGUCUCAGGGCAAAGAUGUGGCAGCUGGCGAUGCUAUAAUUAAAAGCGAGGAGCAGCGGCGAAACGCAAGACUGCAAGCACACUAUGCUAACGACACUUGGCAGAAGCGUAAGCAGCCUCCAGAAGAUUGGGCCAAACCGCUGCCUGAAUGGCUGGAGAAGCGCAAUGAGAACACAUACUUGGAGCUGAAGCAGAAGGAAUUGAUGGGUCUGGCGACGCCGCAGGAAGAGGAUCGUUCGUUUUGUGCUAUAAUGUAAACAUAUUAAAUGAUUUAAGUGAC